UUUCCGUUGUGUCAUAACUUCACGAUUCUAUGUUCUCAACUAGUUUCUAUAAUGAAAACCGGUGAUUUGCGCUAACAAAGUUCAAUGAGUUAGUUUGAGUUCUAUUCAUUUGUAUGAAAUAUUUCAAUCUCAUUCGAAGCUGUAAAGCUCAGAUUUUCAAUUUAAAACAUGUGAUAUAGAUGAGAUUUUGACAAAUAAUAUUCAUAUCAUGCGUGCGUCGUAUCGUUUAGCUAACUUGUGUUUGUGAAUUAAAGGUCACAGUUUAUUUAAAAAAUUAUUUUAUAAUAUUAUAUAUCUACUCACGGGUAUUUCUAUAGCAUAGCAGUGGGUGAACCAAUGCCACGUAUCGACACAUUGAGGAAAAGUUGUUAGCAAAAGUUCGAAAAUUGUCUUGGGUACGAUGAACAGUACUGCAAAAAAAACACUCGGCAGUAGCUUGUAGAUUUGAGAUUUAAUACAAAUUACGCUGUGGCUGUUUCUACUUUCUAUGAACUUCAGGUCGUCGUCAAAACCGGAACAGAAUAUUGUUCAUCAGUUAAAUUGAUCGCAAGUGUCCACAUUCAAGACUGGAUUUAUGAUAGCAUGGCCAAGAUGGACGUCGAAGCAACGCUCAACAGACUGGGCGGCUUCGGAAGAUCGCAUUUGUUGAUAGUAGCGCUGUGCUACCUCACCGCCUUCUUCGGGGGAAUGCCCGUGGUGCAGGAUCCGUUCGUGAACUACACUCCUGCCCAUAGAUGCUACGUGCCGUCAUGCGACUCCUCGAACACGACUUACGAAGACGACUUCCUCAACUUCACCACUCCUUCAGAAGACAACGAGUGGGACAAAUGUGAAUACCACUCACCACUCACCAACGAGACGAGUGCCUUUAAUUAUGCAUCAAGACCCAUCCAAAUACUGGCGUCUCUAUGGCGGGACGAGAAGGACGAGGCGCGGUCUGGGGGCGCGACGUGCGAGGCCGACCACUUCGCUGUUGCUGACGUGCGAAGCUGCGACCACGGCUGGGUGUACGACCACGAGCUCUUCCAGACCUCCACUACUAUGGACUUUGACUUGGUGUGCGACAAGUCCUUCCUGACGUCCAUGACGUCGUCCGCCUACAACGCCGGCAUGCUGCUGGGGGCCAUCACCAGCGGCGUCAUGGCGGACAGGCUCGGCAGGAGAUUGUCUUACAUGUUGUCGCUGGUGCUGCUGGUGGCGGGGAGCUCGCUGGGGGCGGCAUCCACAGGCCCCGUGAUGCUCAUCCUAUUGAGGCUACCCACAGGCUUCGGUGCUGUCGCCGUCUACCAAAUUAUAUUCGUUCUUUGUGCUGAAUACAUGCCUCAGCAGCACCGCAGCGUCGUAGGGCUGCUCUUCAACGUAAGCUUCGCUCUGGGCGAGGCGACCGUCGGCGUCUACGCCAUCUUCAUCCGGCGCUGGCGGAUGCUGCAGCUCACCAUAUCCCUGCCCAUGUUUGUUCUGGGCAUCAGCUACUGGGUGGCGCCGGAGAGCGCGCGCUGGCUGAUCACUCAAGGGCGUGAGCAGGAAGCUGAGAUCCUCGUGCGAAAAAUGGCCAAGUUUAACAAAAUUUCAGAUUUUGAUAUCGUCUACCUGCAAGAGAAGACCAAUAUGUCACCUGAUGACGAUAAACAAGAAAGCAAAAACGUCUUGAAUUUACUGAAAACGCCAAAUAUGAGGACGCGCUCGUUGAUCCUUUUCUAUGCCUGGUUCACGACAUCGAUGGUCUACUACGGCAUCUCCCAAAACGUUGGCAACCUCGAGGGAAACAUUUUUGUCAAUUUUAUCGCCACGAUGCUCAUCGAAAUUCCUGCAACUCUUCUUAUUGCAAUUGUUUUCGACAGACUUGGUCACAAAGUGUGUCUAGUGGCGUCGGUUCUCAUAGCCGGGGCUGGCUGCUUCAGUACUGCCUUCCUGCCUGCCGAGGCGUCCACCGUCAUCGUGGUGCUAAGCCUCGCAGGGAAGUUCGGAGCAGCUGCAGCGUUCAGCGCGCUGUACGUGUACGCCAGUGAAGUGUUCCCUACGUCGCACCGCAGCACAGGGCUCGGCUGCUGUUCCAUGUUUGCCAGAGUCGCCGGUGUCAUAGCUCCUCUGGUCGACCUGCUGGGAAAAUUAAACCCCGCACUUCCUCUGCUCGUGUUUGGGAUUCAGGCAGCGGUAUCAGCCUUCUCCAUGUUAUUCCUACCGGAGACAACGGGCUGCCCCUUAACGCAGACUCUCAGUGAGAGUGAACAGCUUGGCUCAGGUCAGCCGUGUUGCUUCUUUCCCAGCUGCACGUCCUACGACCCGAGGUCUGAAGGAGAAGAGGAGGCAGAAGAAAUUACGGAAGUUAUUGCAGAUAAAUGCGGAGACGUCGUACAACUUGCCGCAAGGGAUGAAAACGUUGCAGAACUUGCUGCAAAAGAUGAAAACAACUUAGAACUUGCCGCCAAAGAUGAUAAUGACGUAGAACUAGUUUCAAAAGAUGAUAACGACGUAGAACUUGCCGCCGCAAAAGAUGAUGCCAAUGUAAAUCCUGCCGCCAAAGAUGAAAACGACGCGGAACGUGCCGCAAAAGAUGAUUACGUUAUAGAACUUGGUGUAAAAGAAGAGAACGACUAAGAAAUUAGCUUAACAAAAGAUGAAGACGACGUGAAACCUGCCGAAGCAAAAAAGCGGGGAUGCUGUAGAACUUUACGUAGCAAAUAUGAGGACGACGUAGAACUUGAGGUAGCAAAUACAAAGACGACGUAAAACUUGACGUAACAAAUAUGAGGACGACGUAGAACUUGACUUAGUGAAUUUGAGGACGACACAGAACUUAAAGUACCAAAUAUAAGGACGACACAGAACUUAAGGCAGCAAAUGUGAGGACGACGUUGCACUUAACUGACACCAAGGCGCAGACAUAGCAGGCUUCAGAGAGGAUGGAAAGCAUUCAACGUCUAGGAAUAGACACUGAAAUAAAA